AUGAGUCGUAGUAUAGAUAUUUUUAUUAUUUUAUUUAUUACAUUAAUUAUUGGAAUAUGCACGGAGGCAAAAAUCCGUAAACAAUUUGUUGACUCUCCGCAGGAACCACAGGCUAAAUCGGUUGAUGUAAAUUUACAUGGCACUGAACAAAUCAAAAUUCAAAAGCCAAAAAGUUUGAAAGCAAUGGUAGAUUAUGGACUUUGCAAACAAGAAUGUAAACGAAAACGAGACCAAGAAUCUACUGGACAGUAUGCGCAAUGGCUUAGGGAGGAGCUUAAAUUUGCUGAAGAACAAUUACGAACUCAAGAAAAUCAACAACUUUGAGGCGCAAUAUAUAAAUUUGAGUUAUAUAUCUAGAAAAUUGCAAAUUUAAUUUUAAAUUCAAUUCUUUAUCAAAGAUAAAAUUUUGACUAAAUGUACAUAUAUUAAAUAGUUCG